CUUGUGUCAUUGCAGUGUGUGCGGGUAGUAGCAGAAGCUGAGUAACAUAAGCGAACGAUCAAAAAUAAUUCAAAAUACAAAACAAAGCAGCAGCUAGCAAAAACCUUUGUUAAUUUUUGCAGUUUUAUCGUUUAUUUUUUUCAAGUGUAUGUACAUAUGUAUAUAAGUUUGUUUCGACGCGCUAGUGUGUGUGUGUGCGUGUGUGUGUGGAAAAUAACAACAAAUAAAAACUGUUCAUAAUAUCAACGCACACAUAUGUACAUACAUACAAACAUACAAAUUUAAUCAAAAGUAACGGGGCCUAUUGCUACUGCAAUAACCACCAACAGCAACAAGAACUACAAAAAACUGCAUCCUACGCCAAAAGCAAAAACAACAAUAAGAAGAAGAAGAAGACGAAGCCAAACAACAACAAAACCAACCGAAUUUCAACUGUAAACGUGUCGACCCAAAUUUGAGUGACUCCCUUUCUCUCUCUCUUCUACGCUCGAUCGCUCUCUUCGUCUGCGCUGUGUGUGUGUGUGUGCGCGAGUGUGUGUGUGUGGUGUGUGUGUGUGCGUGUGUGUGUUUGUGUGUGUAGGCGGCUGUGUGAGACGCGGCUAUGUCACAGGACGGCAUAACAGAGCUACUGCACGCUGCUCAAUACAUUGAGCAGCAGGAAAACCUCAAGCGAUUACAGCUAACGGUGAGCAACGGGGACGACGUUGCCAUCACUCUUGGCGGGCAUUUCAUCAAUGGCAAUGGCUACUGCAGCAAAAGCACUGCUCACAACAACAACAACAGCGCAAGCCAACUCAACAGAAACAACACGCCAACAGCAGCAGCAGCAGCAAUAACAACAACACCCGCCAUCGUAAACAGCCAUAAUGGACUGACUAACGGCACCGCUGCAGCAGCAGCGGUGGAAGCAGCAGUCGGUCUCAGCAUUGGCCAUAGCAGUCCACGCAGUCAAUUAAUUGUUACUCACGAAUAUGAGUACGCUGGCAGCGGCAGCAGCAACGCCGCCGUCGUCGUCAAUGGCAGCAAUGGGCAAUUGGUGGCAACGGCAGCGGUAACGGGGCGCAGCAGCGAAGGUCGCAGCAUCGUUUCGGAGGAUGAAAAUUCCUCCACAAACUUCAACUCCAAAUCCAACUCCUACCCCCAACCACAACAACAACAACAAGUCGCGACAGGCAGAGCAACAACAAUAACAACAGCUGCAAAUGCAACAAGUGCAACAAAAUUAACUGGCGCUGGCCGCUUCGAUGGCUCCACCUUUGUGUUGGUGGCGUCAAGCUCGUCGCCGUUGCAGGUUCAGGUGCCGGUCACGGCCACGGCCACGGUCACGGCUACGGCUACUGCUACGACCGCGCCCCAGCUGAAGCACAAGCUGCCAGCCGGCGUUGCCAGCGCUGCCUCCGAGUUACCGUGCAAGUAUUUCGUGUUGGCGGACGCCAAAGGCGCCUGUCCAACGCAAGCGUCGGCCGGACUCGUAGCCGGAUCCGCAGCCACAGUUGGAGCUGGCAUCUCAGCGGCCGCAACGAGCGCCAAUAAAAUCUCUGGCGAUGGCGCAUUGGCCGCCUUCCAGGCGCUGUCACGAGAAAUGCCCAAAUCGCAAUUAACGCUUACCCCGCCCCCGGUGGCCACUCGGCGAGUGUUUGAGCCGCAUGCCAGAAUCCGCUCGCAUUCAAUGUCCUCCCAUAAAUUUUCAGCGCAAUCCCAUGGCGCACUCAUCGGCUCGGAGGAUGCGCACAUGAGCUACGGGGGCGCAGGACGAGCCGUAAACGCCACAGCCGUCACUUCAUAUCGACAGAUUCUCAAUGCCCAGCAGCAGCAGCAUCACCAUCAUCAGCAGCAUCAGGCAUCGGCCGUAUCCGUCUCGAGCUCGGCGCCAGUGACGGGAUCUCAGCUGACCGGUCAUGGCGGUCGCAGGCGUACCAUCAGCUCUAAUAGCAAUGGGGCUGGAACGCGCGAGGUGCACAACAAGCUGGAGAAGAAUCGGCGGGCCCAUCUCAAGGGCUGUUACGAGGUGCUUAAGAACGAGCUGCCGCUCAAGGAGGAGGAUCGCAAAAAGACAUCCAAUUUGAUAAUACUCGACAAGGCCCACAAAUAUGUCUUGCAACUGUCAAAAUACGAACGGGAUCAGGAGGUAGAGAUGGAGCACUUGGCCAAACAAAAGUUUGAGCUGCAGAAACGGCUCAACAGCCUGAAACGCCCCACGGAUCAGAGCAUUCCACUCAGCGACAAAGAUGUCAAUGAAGCCGUUUGCCUGGCAACCACAUCGUCAUCAUCAUCCUCAGCAUCGUUGUCGUCGUUAUCUCCAUCAUCAGUAGUCGGAGCAGCCCCACCCAUUCUGUUUGAUGGCACCACCGCGCCCGUCUGUGCCGCUGUUUUGCAAACGGCUGUGGCAACAACGGCCAUGUCACCUGUGAUAAGCAAGAGCAACGCGAACAGCAGCAAACACAACAACAACAACAGCAACAGCAACAACAAUGUUACCUCUGCCGCUGCAGUCAACUAUGCACAGAAUCCGAAUCAGCAUCAGAGUCCAUUACUGAAUCCCGAGGCCGCUGCAGCUGCUGUUGCCAUGAACCUGCUCAAGCACAGCAGCAGCAUUAACAACAACAACAACAACCGCUCACCAACAACAGCAUUGUCCACGUCGCAGCAGAGUAGCCCGGCGGGCAGUCCAAAUUUGGCUGGGGCAACGCUAACGACACGCGGUUCCCCAACGCCGUCAACGCCAUCGCCGUCGCCGAGCUCCUCGUCGAGCGGCGUCUCGUCGUCGGCCUCGUUUAUUGGCUCCUCUUCGUCAUCGUCGUCCUCAUCCUCGUCGUCAUCAUCGUCCUCGUCCAGCUCAUCAUCAUCGUCGGCGGGGUCAUCCUCCUCAUCGGCCAGCUCCUCGCCUCCGAUGCCGACGCAGACGCAGGCGACGACGCAUUUGCUGAGCGCCAAGCGCCAUGUCGGCGCUGGUGGCGCCACCAUUGUGGCAACAACGCCCAACGCGGCCGCAGCAGCAAACGGCCAUUCCGCUGGCUUUCAUCAGGCGGAAAAGGAUCGCAAUUACAAUUUCUUGAUGCGCAGCGGCACUGCGGCGCAGUAGAUUGCAACAACUAACACCAUGAGGCAACAACAACAAUUAAUAAAUUUUAAAAAAAUCAACUAAAACAACAACAACAACUGAAUUGUGUGCAACAGCUCCCACCUUACUAAAAAAAAAACACAACAACAACAACAACAACGAACAAACGUCUCGUUCUCAACUCUCUGUUUCUUCGAUUUCUGUUAUACAAACAACAAUCGCACACAGCAGCAGCAGCAACAACAACAACAACAAAACAUAACAGUUCCGCCCAACAUUUAAGCAUCGAUUUUGAAAAUCAAAACAAAAAUGAAACACAAAGAAAAAUACAUAUUUAAACAAAAGAGAAAAUUAUUUUUAAUAAAUAAUUUUAUACACAACAAAAGUUAUAUAAAAAACAACAGCAACAACAACAACAACAAAUCGCAGACAACAAAAACAUUUAGUGGGCUACAACAGCAACAUAUACAAACACUCACACUCACACUCUCACACACACACACACACACACAUUUUAAACAAACACACAUUUUAAACAAACACAUAUUAAGUAAGAUCUAUUAUAUAAAGCAAAUAUUUAGCCACAUACCAUGUAUUUAUGCAAAUAUAGUUUAUAUAGCAAGCCUAGCAAAAACUAAAACAAUAUAAACUAAACAAAAUUUGUAUAUUAGCCAACAACAAAUCACAUAGCACACACACACACGCACACACACACACACAUGAACAGCAAUUAAUAGUAACUUUAAAAAAAAACAACAACAAAAUAUUGACAACAAAAAAAUGCGCUGUUGUAACAGAAACCACCAAAUGGGUAACGCUUUAUAAAACCGCAUGCAUAUCUAUGUAUAUAUAUAUUUAUAUAUAUAGAUAUAUGUAGUAUGUACACAUUAAGUAUGUACAUAUGUAAGCACAUAAAUAUGUACAUAUAUAUAAGUGUGUAUGCAUGUAUGUGUUUAACUAGCACUUGAUGAGAAAGUUGAACAAAAAAACAAAUCAAAAAUAGCAAACAAUUUUUUUUUUUGCAAAAAUUUGAUGUGUGACAAAAAACGAAUCUAAGACAUAUUAAUUACAUACACUGUGCAAAAUCAAUUAGCAAUAUGUAUGCACGUGUGUGCGUGCGUGUGUCCGUGCGUGAGUGCGUGUUAGUUUAUAGCAGCGUAUUCUAUGACCAAACGAAACCAUCUAAUGUAAACGAAAACACCAAACAAAACUAAGAAAAACUAGAGAACAUUUUUUAAGAACCCACGCAAACCGUUAGAUCAUAUUCUAGAUCUUAUAUAUACACACACACGAUAAAGAAGAACAAACUCUGCUUUUGAGUAAACACAUUUUAUAGAAACAGCUGCUAAAAUACAUAUAUAUCUAUAUAUAUGUACAUAUAGCCACAUGUCGAUAGUUUUGACCAACUGUCACUGGCCGAACCACCAAAAAAAAAAACAAAAAACCGAAUCAACUUUUACAUUCUGUUGACAUAUAUAUUAUAAUGUGCGCAUGUGUGUGCGUUUGUGUGUGUGCGUGUGUGUGUGUGUGUGUGUGUGUGUUAGAGACAUACGUUUAUAUAGACAUGAUGUAUUCGAUGUAUGGUCAAUGCAUAUGUGUAGUUGUUGUAGUUGAUGUAGUGAUUACAUACUCGUACAUACAUAUAUGUUGAAUGUGUCGUAAAAGCGCGUAGCUGCAGAAAAUGUUAAAAAAAAAAAACAAAAACAAAAGAAAAUAGUGCAAUAA